UCAUUCAGCUGCUCCACCACUGGAGUGGAGGCCUCAUCUCCAUGGCAACAUCAUGGCAUGAGCUGUCCUGUAUGUGGGAGGACGUGCGGUGGCUGAGACAGAGCAUGUCCGUCUCCAUGUCGUCCUCGUCCACGCUGCAGGCUCGACACAAGAUGCUCACCGCCGCUGCGCAGCUGCAGAACCUCCUGGGAACUCACAACCUGGGCCGCGUCCACUACGAGCCCAUCAAGGAUCGCCACGGCAACGUGCUGCUGGUGACGAUCCACGACACGGAGAGUCAGCACUCGCUGUUCAGCGGGAAGUGGAUGCAGGUGACGAAACUGCAGAGCCAGAGGAAGUCUCUGUCCACGCCAGAGGAGCCGUACGCCCUCGACAUCCUCAUCAUCACCAUCCAGGACAUCUUGGCGUACCAGCGGCGUGGAACUCAUCGCCUGGCUCCAGGUCUCUACCUGGGCUUCCUGAAGCUCAGCAGCUCCGUCGACCAAAUCAGAGUCCUGGUGUCGCAGCGAACUCCCAACAUGCUCUGUCACACCCGCAUCCGAGAGAACGCCAACGUCUCCAG